AUGCUGUCAGUUGCUUCACUGGCAGUGACGGCUGCGGCCGUUGCCCUCGCCGGCGUGGUCACAGCCCUGGACCCGACGCCGAUCAGUCUCAUGCCAGGCGACUGGCUGGGCAUAGAUGGCAAUUGGUCCACCGCUCAAUUUCUGCUGGGCUCUAAGUCCGACCUCGUCAAUGUCAUCGUGAGCACGGGGCUUUCGGAAUUCUGGGCCAUCGGCAGUGGGGGAUGUGCCGACAACGAGCUUACAUGCAGUAACGCCCGCGGUGGUCUUUACAGCCCAGUCAAGUCUAGCCACUGGUCUGCUCUGGGUACAUAUGAGCUAGGACUCAAGUAUUUGGGAGUGCGGGCGAAUGGGCAAUAUGGACUGGAUACCAUGAAUGCCUACAGCCCCGUCAACGACAUUGGCUUCGGCAUGGCAAACGUAUUAAUGUCCGCCAUCAACACCACCGAGCCCUUUCUGGGCAUGUUUGGGCUUGGCAUCCAGCAGGCCAACUUCAACAACCGCACGGUGGCCGAGUCGCCCAUGACGCAAGCUGUCAAGACGUUUGGUUGGAUACCAAGCUACACCUACGGCUUUACCGCCGGCGCCCACUAUCGUGGAACCGUUCUUUCGGCUACGCUGGGAGGAUUUGACAUCAAGAGGUUCGUCUCACACGACAACCGGUUCACGUUGGACCCCACCGAGGGUAUUCCACGCCCUCUCGUCCGAGGGAUCCAGAUCGCCGUCAACAAAAGUGAUGACAAGCCUAAGCACUGGAGUUCCAUGACCGAAGUCCUCUCCGACUGGAAUGGUGCGUUUACGGCAGUUAUUGACAGCUCGACGCCGCAUUUGUGGUUCCCCGAGGAAGUUUGCAACCGCUUUGCCGAGGCAUUGAAUAUCACAUACAACGAUACCUAUGGCCUUUACACCCUCACCAACGACCAGUACCGCAGUUUCUCCUCGAAAGAUGCAAUGGAGUUCACGUUUAGCCUAACAAGCUACGACAACCACGACGACUUUGGUCUUCCGCUCCAAGUCCCGGGGGUUGUCAACAUAACGCUUCCCUUGAAAGCUUUCGUCAGCUUGCUCGAGUACCCAUAUCAUUCACAGAUUAAAUAUGGCGAUCCCGCGAUCCCCUAUUUCACCCUGAAGAAAUCGUCAAACAAAAACUUUGUCAUUGGGCGAUCCUUCUUACAGGAAGCAUAUCUUAUUACCCGAUUCGAUUCGGCGUCUUAUUCCGUCCAUCAAGCCCGUUUCCCGGCUGUGGGCGACGCCGAGCUACAGCAAGUAAAGCAGCCCAACAAUAGCCCGUAUCCCGGACCGCCAGGACCCAAGACCGAAGGACUCAGCACUGGUCAAAUGGUUGGCAUCGCCGUCGGUGUUGAGGCUCCGCAAAAGCAAGGCGGCAGAUGA